AUGUUUACGGGUUCGGUGCCAGUGGAGAUUGGCAAUCUCACAGAGCUUCGCAGUAUUUCUCUCAGAAGCAAUAGCCUCUCUGACCCGAUCCCUUAUCAACUUGGUAAAUUGAAACAGGAACUUAUACUAAGUGGCAACAAUUUCACAGGUUCAACUCCUCAUGAUAUUGGCUUAAUCUCGGGGCUCAAAACACUUGACCUGGCUGAAAAUAUUAUUUUGGGUGGACAUAUCCCAGCAUCUCUUGGACAACUUCAGGCUCUUGAGAGUCUACACCUAUUCUCUUGUGGGAUGAAUUUCAGUAUCCCAUCUCAGCUUGGGCAAUUCACGAACCUAAAAUACUUAGAUUUGGGCGAAAAUAAUAUAACAGGUUCUUUACCACCAUCUCUUGCUGCAUUGAGUAGAAAUUCUGCUUUUUCUAUUGCUCUCAAUAGAAUUACUGGUGCCAUUCUUGGGUGGAUUUUCACCAACUGGACUAAUCUAAUAAUCUUGAAUCUCCUAGAUAACUCAUUCAUUGGACCAAUCCCCCCCAAAAUUGGUCUUUUCAAGAACCUUCGUACGCUACAAAUUUCUUUGAAUAAGUUUUCUGGACAUAUCCUUCUAGAAAUAGAGAAUCUAACAAAUCUUGAGCUCUUGGAUCUUUCAAGAUCCAUCCCCACCUCUACAGGAGAGAUGGUGAAUUUGAGUGUGCUUGAUCUUGCCGGAAAUAAAUUGAUGGGACCUAUUCCAACUGCCUUGGGACACCUAACCGAUCUUCAAUUAUUGAACCUGAGUAACAAUAAGUUAUCAGGACCCAUUCCCCAUGGCGGCCAGAUGACUACAUUCGAUGCUUCGUCGUACCACAGGAACCCACGUCUUUGUGUUCCUCCUCUUCCUGAGAAGAAGUGCACUCAUGACGAGUCAAUCUCAAAUUCAAGCAAUAGCAGGGAUAUGAGAUUUCAUGGUUGGCAUUUACUUUGUGUUUAUGCUGUGAAACUUCAGUUCAAUGUAUAUUGUGAAAGUUCAGGUUAA